AAAACCUGAUAAGAUGUUGACCUGGUGAGUCGGUGGCCUGGAAGAAAUCUAAACCCACGUCCAUUAAGCUGAUGGUAAAAUCUCGACUUGGUCAUACACAGAUAUCUUCCUCUGCUUUGUAUCAAAGCCCUUUAAGGAUUCGCAUCUGCCAUUUCUGAUCUUCCAAAACCUAACUAUGGAAUCCAUUAACGUCCUUAAAGGCUAUGGCAAAGUAAACUCCACCCUUGAAAAUAAAGGCCCCCACCACUCUAAAACUAUCCGAAAAUCCCUAAUCGUCGCCUCCCUUCUUUUAACAUUAAUCAUCGGCCUAAUGCUUGCAGCCUUGAUCUACGAGUCCAACACCGAGCCCUCUGAGUCUGAGUCUGAUUCCCCAUCUCUCUCCUCUGCUUCCAACUCGGUCAACUCAAUCAAAACUGUCUGCAACGUGACUCGGUACCCAGCAUCCUGCUUCACCAGCAUAUCCUCUGUUAACGUCUCGAUAAAGCCAGACCCAGAAGCUAUCUUCAAGCUCUCUCUCCAAAUCUCCGUUAAAGAGCUCAAAAACGUUUCUUCCCUAUUCAGAACUCUCAACGACGCCAACUCUAAGGCUGCUAUAAACGACUGUGUGAGUAUCUUUGAUGAGGCGCUGGGUAGACUUAAUGAUUCGCUGUCGGCAAUGGAGGUUGGCCCUGGAGAAAAAGCGUUGACGUUGGAGAAGAUCAACGAUAUCCAGACGUGGAUCAGCGGUGCCAUGACCGAUCAGCAGACUUGCGUGGAUGGCUUGGAGGAGAUGGGAUCAACGGUUCUUGAUGAGGUAAAGGCUAAGAUGAAGAAUUCUACGGAGUUCUUGAGUAAUAGCUUAGCUAUUGUUGCUCAGAUGCAGAGCCUUCUUGAAAAGUUUGAUCUUAAAAUGCAUUGACUUUGUUUCUGCGUGUAUUGAGCAUGUGUGGAUGUUAAAAAUUUGUGAUCUUAAAAUUUUUUUCUUAUAUGCAUUUGUAAGAUGAAACGUGUAAAUAAUCUCCAAGUAAUUGUAAUGCAGUGAGAAAUUGAAUUGAAUUUUUGUAA